AUUGGCUCUUACGAAGAAAUGAUGCAAAGUCAAAUCAGAAAAAAGAGAUGAUUCAAUAACUCAUGAUUCGAGCUAUUCAUAAAGACAUUAAUUUACAUUGGAUUAAAUUACGAGUUAAAAUUCAAAACAAGCUACUCGUUCAUAAAUGCCAACCGAAUCUACAUCAUACGUUGGAAAAGAGAGUGUGUGUGUCCCUCGAGUUGAGGAUUUGAUAUUUUGAUACCCCGUAUAAGUGAGAGAGAGAAAGAGAAGAUGGAUAUUUCAGAUGUCUCAAACAUCCAAGUUGAAAACACCGAUGAAAACGGAUCAAGCGAAACUAAGACUUCAUCUAUAGAGAAAAUUCAACAACUCCUCAAGACCAAAGAUGACACCUCUAGAUUCGUUGGUUUAGCUCUACUUAAAUCCGUCUUAGACAACUCCCCAGAGCUUCAGAGCGAGAAAGAAGUCAUAGUUUCACUAUGGGACUCUAUUUCACCCAAAUUCCUGGACCGCCUGUUACGCACCGGUUCUGACUCUAGCUCAGAACAAAAGAGCUCUAGGGAUAUGCUUGACUUGGCUGUCGCUGUCAUCCAUACAUUCGCUGUCUUGUUGCCCGAUGAUGCGAAGCAGGACGCAAAGCUACUUGCCAGAAUACCAAGAUUAGCCAAAGCCGUCCUCUACAGUUCUAAAGAAACAACCCAGGUAAUCAUCGAGACGUUGCUGACUCUUGUCGCCGUCCCUGGUGGUGCCAAAAGCUUCGCUGAUCUUGACGUCGAGGACUGGACUCCCCUAAUAGAAAUUGCUCCAGAGCAUGCACAUGUGCUCACGAUAUUCAUAUGGGCCUGGGAAAGGGGAACUACCGGCCUUGAAGAUGAAGCCGCCAGGGAAGCGAUGAGGACUAAAAUCGACCAAGGGAUACAAGCUUUUGUAUCCUCCUUCAUUGGAACCGACGCAACUAGCCUUUUAGAAUUCGUAUCCCAUAUCCUGAGAAAUCUCAACGAGAAUCUCAUCCCUCACAAUCCAAAGUGGCUCGGCUCUGUUACCAAGCUCAUACGGAACUUGUCGACUAAUAGACCAACUGCAGCCAGCCGUUCUGCAUACACGAAUUGUGCAGGCGCCCUGCUACUUAUAUACCCAGAAUCAACGCCCCAAUUACUAUUUCUCGACGAGAAGGACUCCCCGAAGCCGUUCUCGUACCUCUUCAUCAAUCUCAUCCUGGUAGACCUACGCGCGACCCUACCCUCUCUUCUGGGGAAGCUCAACGACCCGGAAUAUCCGCGGAUAUCGCAGCGUCUCACCUCCGCACUCGACAUCCUGACCGCAUUCAUCGGGCAACUCAUCUCGUGGAUGGAGGAGCUAGACAAUCCCAGGCCGGACGCGAAGAAGCCGUCGGAUUCCUGGCUCCGGAUGUCUCCCGACCUAGUCCUCAAGCUCAGCAGCUCCAUCGCCGAGACCUUGUCCGUCACGAUGGAGUACCUGCGGGACCGCUGGGACGCUUCGGUCGCGGGGGCCCGGGGCUUGCACCCGGAGGCGCGCGUCGGCAGCGCACAUACCCACUUCGGCUCUCAUAAGACGCUGGCCUGGGACACCAAGGACGAGGGCGCGGCUACGGACGCGUUCAUACUGUCCGCUAUCCGCGCCAUCGCGCUCUGGGUCCGCGACGACGACGGCGAUGUCCUGAGGAAAGAGGGCGCGGGGCUGAUGGACAUGUUUAUGGAGUUGUACCAAAGCAGCAGCAGCAGUGGUGGUGGUGGUGGUGAAGGUGGUUCAGAUUCGUCGCAGCCAAGCAGCCUCGAUUACAGGCUCCCCAUCCUAGCGGCUCUCGAAGGCAUACUGCGCACGUCGAAGGGGCUCGAGGCUUUCGCCUCGUACGAGGGCUGGAAAAUCCUGUCGGGCGACAUGCUCCGGAUCCUCGAAGAGAGCUCCGCGUCGACCACCCUGCAGGAGGCAGACGUCGUCCGCGGGACGCGCAUCGCGCUCGUGCUGCAGAUCGUAGCGGAGAGCGAGGGCGCCACGCCGGAGGACUGGAUGGACGUGGUGACUGCGGUAGCGGCCCACGACGUACCGAUUGUGGAAAGCGGCGUCAGGGACGAGGUGCUUGUCGACUUCCAGACCGAUGUGUUGCAGCUUGCCGCGACGCUGCUGUCGAAUGCGAAUCCCGGCAUGAAGAGGCGGUAUGUGCAUUCGACUCAUGCUAUACGGGGCGUCGCGGAGCAGUUAAAGGGUAGGGUGGAUGGGAAUAGUGAUACCGCGAAAGAGUUGGAAUAUAUGUUAUCCAAACUAGACGCAUAAGUAGGCACCUAACCUAACCUAAAUCUACCUAGAAGUAGGCUAUUGAGUACCCGUCUGAUUUUAUUUUCGUACGUGGUGACUUGGAUAUCGCAGUUUAUCUUGUUCAGGCUCUUUUUGACUUUGGCCUCACUCAGGGGUUAUUUGCCUCAGAUAGAUAUUACAACCCUGAAGUACAGAGUCAAAGAUGCAAUAUAGUCUUCUGGUUUGAACAAGCGGUUUAGACAUCUAUUGCAUAUUACCUAAACUUAUGAAUCGGAAAUGCAGGUUCACCAGCAUCAAACAAUACAAGACAAAGCUUGGUGAUGUGUGAUGUAGUGGGAGCAUAGUCCAUCAUUACGCGCCUCCGAGCAAUGU